AUGAUCGAAUCCAUUGUGCCUACUUUCCUCCUACAGGCCGCUGCACGGCGCGUCUCCUUCCACACCUUUUCCCAUGUCCUGAACCUGGACCUUCACUUCCACCUCAAUCGCAAGACGGGCUCCCUGUCGAGGAUGCUGGAGCGGGGAUCUCGGUCCAUCGCCGUGAUCUUCAGGGCCAUUGCCUUCACCGCCAUUCCCACGCUCCUGGAGCUGGCUGCCGUGUGUACCAUCCUGGCGCGAACCUUUGAUGCCCGAGUCUCGGCCCUGGUCCUCACCACCUUUGCCGCCUAUGCUGGCUGGACCAUCGCCAUAGCCAGAUGGACCACCCAGAUCAGGAGGGAGGUCAAGGACCUGGACAAUCACAUCAGCGGGAAGGCGGUGGAUGCUCUUUUGAACUAUGAAACGGUGGCGCUGUAUGGCAACGAGCAAGGAGAGGUGGAGCAGUACGACCAGGGGCUCAUCCAGUACCAGAAAAAAUCAGUGAAGAUGGAGGGCGUGUCUGCCUUGCUGAAUGCGGGGCAGGCCUUUGUCCUGGCGGCCGGCAUGGCGGCGGUGCUCCUGGUCACAGUGCGGAGCAAGCCGGGUGUCACAGCCGGAGACUUGGUGAUGGUGCAGGGACUGCUGCUGCAGGUCUGGUCCCCGCUUUCCUUCCUUGGCUGGUUUUAUCGUGAGCUGCGACAGAGCCUGGUGGACCUGGAGGACAUGCUCCGCCUCCUGAAGACCGACAACAGUGUCGUGGAUGGCUCACACGCGCUGCCGACUGCGGCAGCCUCGGUCGCCGACGGCUCCGCGCCGGCACGGCGGGGGGCAACUCGCCAGCAGGCGUCCCAGGGACUGGCCGUGCACCUGCAGAACGUGACGUAUGGCUACCCCGGCACAACACGCAAUGUGCUCAAGGGCGUGUCGCUGAGCGCGGCGCCCGGGGAGAGCAUCGCCAUCGUGGGGCCGAGUGGAUCCGGAAAGAGCACGAUCCUGAGACUCCUAGUGAGGCUGUUUGACGCCGGCUCUGGUGCAGUGUUUGUGAACGGCGUGGACGUACGGGAGCUGAGAAAGAAGGACUUGCGCGGCGCUGUGGGUGUCAUCCCUCAGGAUACGGUGCUGUUUAACGACACCCUGCGGCACAAUGUGGCAUACAGCCGUCCCAGCGCCACCUUCGAGGAGCUGGAGAAGGCGGCCAAGGCGGCCAAGCUGGACGCAGUGGUGGCUCGCCUGUCCAAGGGCUGGGAGUCCUUGGCCUGCGACAGGAUCUACGUGCUGAGGGACGGCAUCGUGGCGGAGCAGGGGAGCCACCCGCAGCUGCUGGCAAAGGGCGGCUUGUACCGAGAGAUGUGGCGCCUCCAGGAAGCAGAGCAGGCCGUGGACAGUAUCUGCUCGCACGAUGCCGAGGAUGCCGUCAUCGACGGUCCCCUCCCCGGGACGAAGGAGGAGGAAGUCUGGCGUGAGGGCUGGCGUGAGGGCUGGCAGCAGGGGCUAGAGGAGGGGCAGGCCGCCGGCGUGGAGAAUGAGGAGCUGGGAGGUGGAACUCCGGCGCAGGCUGCCAGGUCCAUUGCACCCACGGCGACACCCUGA